AUUUACUCACCACUGUGUGUACUUAUUUACUCACCACUAUGUGUACUUAUUUACUCACCACUGUGUGUACUUAUGUACUCUCCGCUGUAUGUACUUAUUUACUCAUCGCUGUGUGUACUUAUUUACUCACCACUGUGUCUACUUAUUUACUCACCGCUGUAUGUACUUAUUUACUCAUCGCUGUAUUUAAGGAUGAAUGGACCUAGCGGAGAUGCAGAACCGGUUCGCCACUGAUGGGAGCUGUGGCCAGGAAUCGAACUCAAGUAUCCGAGUUCGGAGCGCUUCGCUCCCAACAAAGCCACAAACAUAAUCACACAUUAACAAGUCACACGCAAACGCGCAGCUUCAGGCACACACAACGCUCUCCCGUGUAGCCUACACAAAGCUACACAAAGCUGUUGUGGCAAGGGUGGGCACAUCCCCCCGCACACACAGAGCCACACGUCCAUAACACCGCCCCACACACAAAGCUGCUCUGUACACAAACUAAACAGAUCCACAGUGUUCAGAGACGGUUACACAGCUACACACAGCCACAUCCGUGCAGCCCUGUUGGAGUGAAGUGAAUUGUGAAGGUGCCGAUUAUAAGUCGCACUUUUCCCAUCUCUAUUUCAAAGCUAACGUUGGAGGUGCGUCUUAUAAUCCGAUAGGUACGUGUGUGUAUAUAUGCGUGUGUAUGUAUAUUAUUGAUAUAGGGCACACGUUUUGGGUGCGUCAGAUCUCUCAGAGCGCCUUACAACCCGCUGAGUACGGGACAUUCACGACGUCCAAAGGUGAACUGGAGACCUCGGUGGAAUUCGGGCUCGAGCGAGGCUCCAUCGCUCUCCAAUGAACUCCGCUCUCUCCGCGAUGUCCACGAGCUCGACUCUCUCGCUGUUGCUGGGCGGGGUCUCCCUGGUCCCUGUUUCACACCCGGCGUGUCCAUGCGCAUUCACGAUCGCGAGAGCACAAACACCGGGGCCGGAACGGAGGAGCCCCCCGCAACUGUCGUCAAUCACUCACUGGCCGGAAGGGAGCGAAGAAGCUGUGGCGAGUCGGCGCGCGGAGGAGAGCGGAGGCCGUGGAGUUUCGUGGAGUCGGGGAGUUCGCGUCCCGACCUGGGCUGUUUACACCACGCACGAUGAUGGCUCCGCGGUGGAUCGCGCUGGCUCUGUGCGUGGCUCUGACCCGGACGCGAGGAGCCGCACCUGGGGCACGCGGCUGCACAAUCGGCGUGACCUUCCCCGCCUGCGGAUUCCACCAGGAUCCCGAGGAUGACUUUGAUUGGGAAGAGGUUCCCACCCACGAGAUGGACUCCAUUCCUGGUCUGGAGGCCCCGGCAGGCCCCUUUGUGAUGCUGGCCGAUGCCGCGGGCCGACCUACCAGCAGCAAGGCGCGUCUCGCGCUGCCGGCCAUGAUGGAGAACGAUACGCACUGCCUGGACUUCAGCUACCAGGUUGUCAGCAAAGUGGGGGCCAUCGCCUCGGGGUCACUCCACGCGUACGUGCGGGUGAACGGGGGGGCACUCGGGGGGCCGAUUUGGACGGCCCCCGUGCCGCGCUCCAGAGGGUGGGUCUUCGCCGAGCUGGCCGUGAGCACCUUUUGGCCAAACACCUACCAGAUCGUGUUCGAAGUCACGAGCUCGGUGCAGCUGUCCUAUGUUGCGCUGGCCGAUGUCCACAUCCUCAACUACCCCUGCAACGAGGUGCCCCACUUCCUCAACCUGGUGAACGAAGAGGUGAACGCGGGACAGAACGCGUCCAUCCAGUGUGUCCUCAUCAGUCGGCGGCAGCAGCUGGGCACGCUGUGGCUCCAGAGCCAGAAGGGUAAGGACGUGAUGGUGGCCAGCAGCCACCUGCAGGCGCGGCGCUACACGGCCACCUACAGUUUCCCCACGGCCGCCAAGGACGACUCGGACAAGUUCCGUUGCGUCGCUCACAGCACCGAGGGCGCCAGCGUCUCCAACUUUGCCUCGCUCAUCGUCAGGGAGCCCCCGACGCCCGUGGCUCCCCCGCUGCUGUUGCGCGUGGGCCCCACGAACCUGUGGGUCCACCUCAACGCCAACUCGAUCGUGGGCGAGGGCCCCAUCAUCCUGAAGGAGGUGAUGUGGAAGCAGAGCGCGGGGACGUGGGCCGAGGUGAACCGCGCUGACUCGCAGACCUAUAAGCUGUGGCACCUGGACCCGGACACGGCCUACGAGAUCCGCGUGCUGCUCACGCGGCCCGGCGAGGGCGGCACGGGCCUUCCGGGCCCGCCGCUCAUCACGCGCACGCGCUGUGCAGAGCCGAAGCACGGCCCUCUGAACCUGCGCGUGGUGUCCAUCCGCUCGCGGGAGAUCAGCCUGCAGUGGGAGCCGCUGGGCUACAACGUCACGCGCUGCCACGCCUUCAACGUCACCGUGUGCUACCGCAGCUGGGCCGCGAGGGGCCCAGCGGGGAAUGGCACGGCCGGGGGCGCGGCGGCCGCGGUGGCGGAAGCCGGUGGCGGCGGCGGCGGCGAGGAGUGUAGGGACGCCGGGAGGGCGGCUCAUGGCUUCGUGCUGCCCGGCCUUCCUCCGUUCCGCAACCUGAGCCUGCAAGCCGUGCUAAUGACGCCCGAGGGGCGGAAGGCGAGCGAGCGGGUGGUGACGCACACGGACGAGGACGUCCCGGGGCCCGUGUCCCUCGAACGUGUCCAGGGCGUCGUCACCGAGGAGACGAUCUUCCUGCAGUGGAGUGAGCCUGACGAGCCCAACGGCGCCAUCGUCCAAUACGAGGUGUUGUACAGCGCGGUGCGGUCGGUGGACCCGGCGUUCAACGUGGAGGACGAGCACGGCCAGGCGCACAAGCCGGCCAACGAGACGCAGCACCUGUUCCCGGCUCUCUACCCCGGCACCACUUACUCCUUCUCCAUCCGCGCCAGCACCGUCAAGGGCCUCGGGCCCUCCGCCACCGUCUACUUCACCACCAAGAUCUCAGCUCCGACGCUGCCGCACUACGGCGCCGACUCGCUCAUCGAUUACACGGACACCACGGCCACCAUCCUGCUGAAGCCGGCACAGGCCAGAGGGGCCCCCAUCAGCGCGUACCAGCUGGUGGUGAAGGAGGGCCCCUCGGGGAAGGCCCGGCGGGAGGCCGGCGGCUGCUUUUCGACGCCGCUGGCGUACCGCGAGGCGCGGGCCCAGGGCUCGCCGUUCUACUUUGCGGCGGAGCUUCCUCCCGAGGGCCUCCCCGUGGAGCGGCGCUUCGUCGUGGGAGACAACCACACGUACGGUGGCUACUGGAACGCGCCACUGGCCGCCAGCAAGGUCUACGACAUCUUCUUCCAGGCCAUCAGCAGCACGCAGGAGGAAACCAAAAUUGCUUGCGUGAAGCUCGCAAAGCGAGCUGCUGUAGUGUUGAGUCAGCUAACCACCACACACAUUACCACAGCCCAUAGGGGGGGCGGAGAGGACCACGAGACAGUGACGAGGAACGCCGAUCUUCCGGACGCCGAGCUCCAGACCGACCACACCAUGAAGAUCGCCGGCGUCAUCGCCGGCAUCCUGGCCGUCCUCAUCAUCCUCCUGGGCAUCGUUGUCUACAUGAAGCGGAGGCGGAGCUCCCAUUCUUACUCCUAUUACUUAAAACUGGCGAAGAAGCGCAAGGAGAAUGUGAGCGCCACGCGGCAGGAGAUGACGCACAUGGUGAACUCGAUGGAUCGCGGCUACGGCGACCAGAGCCUGACCCUCAUCGACGACCAGGGCACCUUCCUGGACACGCACAACGUCAGCACCCAAUCGUAUUACACCUCUCCAUCCACCACCAUUCAAACCCAUGGCACCUCCUGCAGAACUGCACAGCCAUACUUCAUCCAAGGUGGGGCCACCCUCGCCGGGGGGUGUGGCGGGGGGGCGGUGGAGUGUACAGACGACAGCCACGCGGGGCUCUCCGACUCGGGCAUCCUGCUCGACCCGGGGAGCCACAGCCUCCCGCCCAGCGUCACGUCGAGCGCGCACACGCUGCCGCACGCGGCGCGCGCCGGGCGCCACGCACCGGGCCCCGAGUCCGCCUACCAAACCGGGAGCCGCGGCAAGGAGCCGGCGUACCGGGGGCCGCAGGUCUCCGGCGAGGCCUCGUACCGCGCGGGGACCGCGCCGGGCGACGCGGCCUACCACGCCGGUGGCCGGGGCCCGGACCCGGCGGCGUACCGGGCGCCGCCGCCGCCCGCCAACGACGCCGCGUACCGCUCGGGGCAGGCGGCCAACGAGGCGGCCUAUCGCACCGCGGGCCAGCAGCAGGGCCCGGAGGGGAGCUACCACGCGGGCGGGCGUGCCAAAGAUGCCGGCUACCGCCUUGGGCCAGCGCCGGUGCCUGCCGGCGAGCUGAUGUACCCGCCGGCGCAGAUGCGCACGGCGAUCCGCGUGGCCGACUUACUGCAGCACAUGAACCAGAUGAAGACGACGGAGGGCUGCGGCUUCAAGGAGGAGUACGAGAGCUUCCUGGACGGGCAGUCGGCGCCCUGGCAGGUUGCCAAGAAGGAGGAGAACCGGGGCAAGAACCGCUACGGCAACAUCAUCGCCUACGACCACUCCAGGGUGUUGCUGCAGCCCUUGGAUGCCAAUCCUCACUCCGACUACAUCAACGCCAACUUCAUCGACGGCUACCACAGGCCGCGGCAGUACGUCGCAACGCAAGGCCCGAUGCAAGAAACGGUUUACGACUUCUGGCGGAUGGUGUGGCAGGAGAAAUCGGCCAGCAUCGUGAUGGUCACCAACCUGGUGGAGGUUGGCAGGGUGAAGUGCUACAAGUACUGGCCGGAGGACGAGCAGGUGCACGGCGACCUCACCGUCUCGCUCGUGCACACCGAGCUGCUGGCCGAAUACGUCAUCCGCACGUUCACCGUGGAGAGGACGGGAUACUUUGAAGUGCAGGAGGUGAAGCAGUUCCACUUCACGGGCUGGCCUGACCACGGCGUCCCCUACUACGCCACGGGGCUGCUCGCCUUCAUCCGCCGCGUGCGCAGCCUCAACCCGCCGGAGGCCGGCCCGGUCGUCGUCCACUGCAGUGCGGGUGCUGGCCGUACCGGCUGCUUCAUCGUCAUCGACAUGAUGCUGGAGAUGGCCGAGGGGGAGGCCGUGGUCGACAUCUACAACUGCGUGCGCGAGCUGCGGGCCCAGCGCGUCAACAUGGUGCAGACCGAGGAACAGUACGUGUUCAUCCACGACGUCAUCCUGGAGGCCUGCCUGUGCGGGGACACCGCGGUUCCUGCCGCGGAAUUCCGCUCCGUGUAUUACGACCUGGCGAGACUGGACCCCCAAACGCACACCAAUCAGAUCAAGGAGGAGUUCCUGACGCUGAACACGGUGACUCCGGCGCUGCGCAUGGAGGACUGCAGCAUCGCGCUGCUGCCCCGCAACAACACCAAGAAUCGGCACAAGGAAACGCUGCCACCGGACCGCUGCCUGCCCUUCCUGCUCACGCUGGACGGAGACAGCAGCAACUACAUCAACGCUGCCCUCAUGGACAGCUACCACCGCCCGUCGGCGUUCAUCGUGACGCAGCACCCGCUGCCCAACACCGUCAAGGACUUUUGGCGUCUCGUGUUCGACUAUCGCUGCACCUCGGUCAUCGUGCUCAAUGAGCUCAACGCCAGCGAGACUUUCCUGCAGUACUGGCCCGAGGAGGGCAUGCUGCAGUACGGCCCCGUGCAGGUGGAGAUCCUGUCCGCUUGCAAGGACGUGGACAUCAUCUCGCGGAUAUUCCGCAUCUGCAACGUCUCCAGGCCGCAGGACGGGCAUCGCGAGGUGCAGCACUUCCAGUACCUGGGCUGGCCGUCGCACCGCGACGUGCCCGCCUCGCCCGCCUCCUUCCUGCGCCUGGUGGGCCGCGUCGGGACCUGGCAGGACCAGCUGGCCGAGGAGGAGGGCCGCACGCUCGUGCACUGCCUGAACGGCGGCGGUCAGAGCGGCACGUACUGCGCCGUCAGCAUCCUGUGCGACAUGGUGAAGGGUCAGAGCGUGGCCGACGUGUUCACGGCCGUCAAGACGCUCCGCAACAACAAGCCCAACAUGGUGGAGACACUGGAGCAAUACCGCUUCUGCUACGACACGGCGCUGGAGUUCCUGAGCCAGUUCCAGCCGUAGAGUGGAGACUCGCUGUCUCUCUGCAGCCACCCGUGUCCCCGUCCAGCACAGCCAAGGGGACCCUGUCGCACUCCCACGCGGUCCCCGGGUCUCCAGCGUGGGGGGGGGGAGUGGAGCGAGGCGGUGGGCUGGGGGAGGGUGGUGCAGCUCGAGUGAGGGGUCAGGGGUGAAUGGAAAGCGGCGCGGAGCGGGGAUUUGAGAUGGAGCGCGAGCGAGUAAGACUCUGAGCAAAGGAGAGCCGGCGGAGCGCAGAGGUUAUGAGGAGGAGAAGCGGGCGGUAGAGGAGGGGUGGGGUGGUCCGCAGACAGCCGGAGAACUUGAGAGCCAGGCGAGACGGGAGAGGGGAGAGACUGAGGGUGAAGAGUGAAGAUGGAAGGAGCGGGCGGGGAGGGAAGGAGGGAGGGGAAGAGAGACGUCGAUGAGCGGCGUCUCCUCGCUCUCUCGGCACUGCACCACGAGAGUGGCUGCCGGGAGCUCAGCUGCUCGCUCCCUCGCUGCCGCUUCUGUCGGUGCCCCAACCCCUCCCUGCAUCAUCACCUUGCCCUUUGGAAUUUAACUGUCCGUUUUUAUACAUUUGCACUAACUGUUGCGUAUAUUGACGUUGUUUGAGGCAUAGGCGUUUAAUAUGCAGUGGGGGGAUAAAGUGGGGUUUUUUCCCCGUAUAUUUGCUUGGCAGUUGUGAUUUGAGUUGGUCGUGUUUUUGUACCGUAAGAUUUUAUUUUCCUUGACUUUGGUUGCCAAGUCUUUUAGACCUCCACGCGUACACCGAGCGACUUAAUUAUUUUGAAUUUCGAAUCCUUACGUUGAAAGAAACAAUGCAGCGAAAUGUAAUUUAAAUAAUGCUAUCUAGACGCAGUGCUGAAUGUUAAUAUACUUGCAGAUGAUAUAAACUAAAACGGAAUUUUUCGAGUGGAUUGAGACAUAACGGGGCGAGCUUCGGUGUGAGAAGAUGCCUGGAUAUUUUUAUUUUUUUAAAUCUACGGAGUGCUGCUUGACAGUGUCAAGUCGUGAGAUGAUUGUGGUGCCCGUGGGUCUGCGAGCCGAGCGAGCGCCGCCGCCGCUGAACCCCACGCUCGAGCCCGUAGCGGCCGGCCCCGCGGUUGAGGCCGGCCGGUCGUGCGUGCCGCCGUCCCGUCCCGCGUCACGGCCGCCACAAUGCGAGAGGGGGGGAGGGGGGCAGCAGGCCUCUACGCGGAUCACCGACGAGUCGGGGCGGGGGGGUGGUUCGCGUCGGCCGCUGUUGCAACGGCCGAGGUGCGCGGGGUACGUCCGCCCGCUCGCGUGACGGUGCUACGGCACCGAACGUGUCGGUGCUCGCCGUUUCCCGGCCCACGUGGAGCGAGCGACAAAACAAAAAAAUGACAGUUUGAAGAACUGCGUCAGAAUGCCGUCGCUCAAACGGUCUGCUGCGAAGUGCAAACGGGUCGUGACGAUACUAAGUCGUGCCACCUUUCAGAUGCUGUGGACGCUUACUAAUCCAAGCUCUCAUUAUUCGCUCGCAGUGCUGUUCGAUACCAGGGCAGCAGCUCGCUGGCUCACCCGUUCGUCGAUGGGCCCGAUCCUCUUCUGCGUUAAUGUCAAAUCGGGCAACGUGAAGUCAGCCUCGUGUGUUAUUGCAAGGCGUCUGUGAAGCACAUGCACGUCCUAUGUUGCUUCGAAAACGGUUACAGAGUGCGAGUUGCGAUCUUCUCUGCACCUCGAACGAACUCGUGUUCAAGUCCACGGACACAAUGGCUUGUGUGAUGGGGGGGUGAGCACACACACUGCCAUUGCCUCUGUCUCGUAGAGACCGAGCUUUCAGGGGACCUUCACCAGGGCCGCCGAGAGGUCCCUGGAGGCCCUCGUUCCACCAUCCACGGGCCGGUUGUGGGGCCUUCUAUUACGUGAGGCCUGGAUAAAGUAUUCCCUUUCGCCCCCCUGCCUCCCCCUCUUGAUGGCCCUGGAAUUUACUCACUGACAAUUUUUUCCCACUUCCUACCAGCCCUCCAUUUGUUCAAACUGUGGUUUUAACAGAUGUUUGGUACGCUUACACCAAACACCACAGGUCUUUAGAUAAUUUGCUGGAUUUAUUUAUAUAUCAAAGUAAAUAGUACAAUCUUGAUUUGAAGCUUUCGUGACUGCAGGAAUCCAUACUCUUUGUUUCUUUCGGUAAAGUCACGUGGGUAGAAGUACACAAGCAAUCCUCAUCAGGUGGAACGCCUGAUGAGGAUUGCUUGUGUUGCGAUCGAAACGUCGUGAUUUAUUUUAUUUUAUUUCUACCUACGUGACUUUACCGAAAGAACCAAAGAGUAUAAAUAGUCCAAUUCCAACCUUUAUGCAUCAGUGCUGCGUUGCCCAAACACACCGCGUUGGCCCAAAGGAAGCUUGUUUAAUUGCCGAGUUGUGCGGCCCUUUGUGGGGCCUCCUAUUUUUAGUGCUUUUGAUCAGCCCUGGGGUUUGACCUUUGAAUAUGAGAAUGUUCCUUGCGCGCGCAGUUUGCGUGCGAGUUUACGACUGUGAACGCACGCGCGGCGUUUCCGUGCGGAACCGCGGUUGUGGCGUUCGUGGGUUUGCUUGCGAUCUUGAAGACGGCGCCGGCCAACACGACGGCGCAAGAUCGGAAGCGGCUGCACGCGACGGACGCCAACGAUCGCGGCGCAGUCCAGCGUCUCCCCAGUGGAGCGGGGCAACGAUGACGGUAGCGCACGGCAGACAGGUACAGGGAUCGCAAGACUCCACGUUCAUUUGCAUCACUGGCAAGCGCCCGCCCGCGCGCACGCUCGGCGCAGUGCCCAACGCCGAGAGCUUCGAGGACGGCGCCGUGGCGCCUCUCGGAGCGCCCCGGGGGACCGUGCAGGCCAAGCCAAAGACUCUGGGCAGCAGACCCCGCGUAAAGAUGCGCACAUACGGAGGCCUCGCACGUACAGUAUUUAUUGUCACCUGUUUGCAAGGCCAGUUUAAAGUAACGACGAGAGAGAGCUGACAUGCCGAAAGCUGAUCCCUUUUUUUUUCUUUUGCAAUUCAUUUUGUGGAGCAUUAAAUAAAUCUGUAUUUGUAAACAAA